UGAUAUAUGAACUGCGAUGAUUACGUGUGAAUAAAGAUACGAAGAUUUAUCACGUGAACAGUACUUGUACUAUUAACAUACGAGGGUGUAUCAAGAUGAAGGCAGCGUUGCAGAUUACGCUAUAUUUAGCGGCAUCGAUUCUGACAAUAAUCGCCGAGGACAAACCGACAAAUACAGUCUCUGUUUCCUCGGUUUCCUUGGAUUCACCCGUGGAGUAUCAAAGCAACACAAUCAGGAAGGUGAUGAGCUACUUGGGAAAAUACGGGCUAGAUGAUCAAAGAGCCCUGAAGAGAGUGUAUCUAAGCAACAGGUCGAUCACUUGCAACGAUGGAUCGCAAGCAGGUUUCUACCUACGAAAGUCUCAUGGCUCCAGGCGGUGGAUCAUGUACCUGGAGGGCGGCUGGUAUUGCUACGACCACAAGAGCUGUAGAACCAGGUGGAUGCGGAUGCGGCAUCUGAUGACGUCAACCCAGUGGCCCGAGACACGCGACGUGGGCGGGAUGCUUUCACCAAAUCCCGAUGAGAAUCCAUUCUUUUGGGGCACGAAUCACGUUUUCGUUCCAUAUUGCACGAGCGAUAGCUGGAGCGGCACUAGAGUCUUCAGGUCGCCGAAUGAUAUGUUUUCCUUCAUGGGGGCAGAGAUCGUAGUCCAGGUUAUCCGAGACUUGGUUCCCCUUGGCCUCGAAAACGCGAGCGCCUUUCUUUUGGCUGGUAGCAGCGCAGGCGGCACCGGCGUUAUGCUGAAUUUGAAUCGCAUUCACAAUCUGAUACAUCAUGAAUUGGGCUUGAGACACGUUGCUAUACGUGGUGUGUCGGAUUCCGGAUGGUUUCUCGAUAGAGCGCCUUACUCUCCAAAUGGCUUGUCGCCGAUCGAUGCGAUACAAAAAGGGAUGGAAUUGUGGAACUCUCAGAUGCCUCGUAAUUGUGUAAUUAGAUAUCCUAACGAGCCAUGGAAAUGCUUUUUUGGAUAUCGACUUUAUCCAACAUUGUCUGCACCGUUGUUUGUCUUCCAAUGGAUAUUUGAUGAGGCCCAAAUGAAAGCUUACAACGUCGCUGCACCAGUUACAAGGCAGCAAUGGGACUACAUACAUAAAAUGGGUGACAGUCUGCGGCAGACAUUUGAAAAUGUUACUGCGGUCUUUGCUCCGAGUUGCAUUAGUCACAGCGUCUUGACGAAAAGAGAUUGGAAGAUGGUCAAAAUAGAUGAAGUUUCCUUUGCACAAGCGCUGUUUUGUUGGGAUCAAAUGCCGAUCGGAAAUUAUCGUAACAACCAACACAACAAUACUCACUCGCAAAUCGAGACCAAUCAACCGUGCGGGAAGUCACUGAAAAAGCUAUUGCGUUCUGGUAUCAGAAAGGGAAAUGGUACCUCGAUCGAAGGUGGAAAAAGCAGAGUUGGAUCCUCUACGGAAACACAAAAAGCUCGAUUGUCUGCCAUUGGUAAAAUGCAGGAAAGAAAGCCAGUCUCCGGUUCGGUUCAAGAGCAGGAAAAUAAGAAGAGACGAAAGAGAAAACAUAAAAGCAGAAGGAGAGAGAGGAAGGAAAGAGAAAGAAGUAAAGAAGAGAGAUUGAAGAAAGAGAAACAUCAGCGAAGAAAGAACACUGGUCGUCGCAAAGGCGGUAAACAAGUAAACGGCAAUAAUCAUACGGCUAUAUUUAACGGCAUCAGGCCGCAACGAUCGGUAAUAGCGUCAUUUAAACGGAAGUGCGUUAAAAACUGUCAUUUCCGUAUGAUCGAGCGCUGCACUUGGCCACAAUGUAACCAUAGCUGCCCCAAGCUGCAUAAUCCCUUUACGGGCGAGGAAAUGGACUUUAUCGAACUGCUCAAGAGCUUUGGUCUAGACAUGAAAAGUGUCGCGAAUGCCCUCGGCAUCGAUAUACAUACGUUGAAUAGUAUGGAUCACAAUGAAUUGCUGAAUCUUCUGACACAACGCGCGAAUUAG